CCUGGUCGGGCGUUCGCCAAAAAUAUCGAACGGUUGAAUUUCGAAGUGCCUUUAUAAAUCUGAGAUCCCAAAAAUGAUGCUGCCGCUCCAACUGGCCACCGUGGCCCUGCUCAUCUGUUUGGCCAGUGGCGCCUCCAAUUUCCCUCCCGAGCUGCCUCGCUGUCAUGUGGGCGACACCAGCUGCAUCAUCAGCGUUUCCCACAUGCUGAUCCGUCAGUAUGCCAAAACUGGCUACCCGGCGGCUGGUUUCCCCCAGGUGGAACCCUUCCUGAUCAAGCGAUUUGACAUCUCCGACGGACGCACUGGCUCCCUCAAUCUCAAGCUCAAUUUUAAGGAUGUGAAUGUCGAGGGUCUGUCGGGAGUGAAGUUCGAUAGAGCUGUUGGCUUUGGCGCAGAUCCUGCAACCAGCAAGUUUGAGAUGUACGGAUCGUUUCCCAAGAUCGUUUUGAAGGGCAAGUACGUGGCGGAUGGACGCAUCCUGAUCCUGCCCAUUCGCGGUGAUGGCGAUGCCGAGAUCGUACUGCACAAUCCCAAGUUCUCGGUGAAGUUUAAGCCAGGCACCCAGUUGAAGAAUGGACGCACCCAUUUGAGUGUGGACAAACUCAAGGUUCUCGUAGAGCCACAAAAGAUGAACAUCCGACUGGCGAACCUCUUCAACGGCGACCAGGCUUUGGGAUCCAAUCUCAACCAAUUCCUCAACGACAACUGGACGGAGGUUUGGAACGAGCUGCAUCCCUCCAUCCACGUGGCCAUCGCCGAGAUCGCGAAGAACGUCCUGUCGCAGCUCUUCAAGCGAUUCGCCUACGAGGACCUCUUCCUGGAGAACUGAGCACUAGAUCGUCCAUUAGUCGGCAUUAGGCUAAGUGUACGAGUAUUUCCUCACCAGCAUUUCAAACACACAUUGCAUUCCGGCCAUUGACAUAUCAUCAUCGUAUCUGCUAAGCUAAGCUUUAAAUUGUAGAAUAAAAACAAACAUAA